AUGGAAGUAUAUGCCCUCCACUUCCUUUCCUCUCAUCUUCCUUCUUUCCCAAACAAUGAAAGGUGGUGGUGGUGUGGUGGCACUGGUGUUGGUGAUAGAGUGAUAGGGUGGUGCUGGUGGAACGGUGGAGGCAGUUUUGAAGGUGGUGGUGUGUUGGGUGCUGGCAGUGGGGUGGUGAUGGUGGUAGAAAUAUUUACAUCAUGUGAUAUAAUUUCAUGCUUUCAACAGAUUUUGUUGGCAGCAAGACACAUCUAUCCAAAUCUCUCAAAGCUUGCCCUAGCCCUAGAAAAGAAUUUGUUGGUUACAUCCACAUUGGCUGUCUGUACUGAUCCGUAUCCGCAAGCAUUAGAAAAGCCGGGUGAAUCUGAUAAACCAAGUGAAGAACUGCAGGUGCAAUCCAGCUUGGUACAAAAUGGGGUUGAACCUGUGGUAGGAGAUGGUGAUGAAAUAAUGAGUGAGGUAGAGGAGGCUGACAUUGAUGAUGAUAUGACCAUUGACAUGGAAGCCUUGGAAGAAAUAGUUGCAUCAUCAGAAACAAAUUCUCCAUCAACCGGAAAGUCUUGAGUUUUUUUGGUCUUUAUCAGUCAGUGCAAGUCAGUCCACUAAGCUCACGUUGAUAUAUUUAAAGACAAGAUUCACAUAUCUUUUGUGGACAAUGAAGUCGGCCAUAGUUUUCUGCUCACGGGUCUCCAAGUCUGUCCAUGUUAGCGGCUGUGAGGGAAAGCAUAGACAUGUCAUUUGAAUUUAAUACAAUGUUCGAGUCUCUCUCUCUUGCUCGAGUGCUAUAUUUAUACUCAAUGUUGUAAACACCACGUAGGUCGGCAUAUCUAAAAACUUGUUUGAACUGUCAUAAGAAAUCCUGAUUGGUAUUAUUUGGUGGAACUACUAUAUAGCUGCGCCUAAGCGCAUUUUUAUGCGUGAGCCUGCCAGUGGACUCUGGAGUUGAAGAAAUUAUUAGGCAGUUCGUUUUUAUAAA